UUGUGAGAGGUGUCAGUCAGGACAGCACACAGCAGGGAUUAAAUUGGCCGUCUCCAUCUGUGACUGCCAUCCCUUAAAUUUAUCCCAACUCUGAUGUUGGUUCCCACUCAGUUAAAUGACUUAGUGCCACUCAAGAGCAGGAUCAACAUGCUUACGGGCCAGAGUGUUAAUGAGAGGACCGAGCAUUUCCCGCUGAGGCUGACAAAGGUCAGGUGCAGAGUUAUAAAGGGGAAAGUUAUACCUAGCCAGGUGGAGAUUUUCUCUGUACCUUAAUAGUCCUAUAGGCCUAGCCUUUUCAUUUGUAACAACCAACUGCUCUGCUGCACUGAAGCCUCAAACACAGAGGUCUCCCUCCUAUGGCCAGGGUACUAUGCAUGGUGUCCAUGCUGUUACUGCUGGUACUCUACUCUCCAGGGGUGUCCUCGGCCCCCAACCAGCACCUGUGUGGCUCCAGCCUGGUGGACGCCCUCUACUUCGUAUGUGGAGAGCGGGGCUUUUUCUACAGGCCAAACCGACCCUACAAGCGAGAUCUGGAGCAUCUGCUCGGGUUCCUGUCUACAAGGGCCAAUCAGGCGCAGCGGCUGCGAGGUGCUCUGUCUGGCCGUGAAGAGCCCAAGGUGAAGAGAGGCAUCGUGGAGCAGUGCUGCCAUAAGCCAUGCAGCAUUUACCACCUGGAGGGCUACUGCAACUGACUCGCUACUCCACGACUAGCACCACUCAUAGCUGGUAAAAAAAAAAAGUCAAUUUCUGGUCCAAUACUUGCUGGCUAUGUCUUAUCAAUUGAAGGAAAUAAAAGCUUCAUGAACCAUAACCCAAGGCUCCGUUCUGCAAA